UUCUCUUCAUAUAUCAGUUCAUUGUUUUAGUGAUGAACUAUAAGUGUCAAAGGUUCAUCAUUUUAGUAUCUCAACUUGAAAUCCUUGCCAUAUUUCGAAUGGAUGGGCACGUAUUUUUGGGCUUUGGAUUCAUAAUUGUUGGUAUAUGGCACCUCUUUAACCACAUCAAGCUUCACGCACUUAACCCCAAGUCUUACAAUUUCUGCACUACUCUCUGGUUUCCCAUUUCUCCAAAGUUCAAAUACCUUGAGCUCAUCUUCAUAUUGGUUAGCAGCACAAUCUUCAUAGCCUUGGACCUUUUCAUCAUUCCUUCUCAUCACCAACCUUUCGAUGCAGAUGGAAGUAUUCCCUCCACACACCUUCACAACUUGGAACACUCGUCUAUGUACUUUGCUUACUUCAUCUACGCUUCAUUCGCCAUGGCUCUAGACCUCACUGACUCAAAAGCGAAAAAAGAACUGACCCAAUUGUUAGCUGCUAUAGCUUUUUCUCAGCAACUUCUUCUCAUUCACUUUCACUCUUCUGAUCAUGAUGGACCAGAUGGCCAAUACCACCUUCUGGCUCAGCUUCUGGUGUUUGUGUCCCUGGCUACUACGCUUGUAGGAAUUGGGUUGCCUCGUAGUUUCUUGGUUAGCUUCUUGAGAUCGAUUAGCAUAAUGUUCCAAGGUGUGUGGUUCGUGGUCAUAGGCUAUAUGCUUACGAAUACUGGGUUGAUUCCCAAAGGGUGUUUCAAAAACCCCAAUGAUGGUCGCUAUGUGGUGAGAUGCUCUAAUGAAGAGGCGCUUCGAAGAGCUCUCUCGCUGGUUAAUAUUCAGUUCAGCUGGUUCUUUAUUGGGGUUGCCGUUUUUGCAGUGUCGUUUUACAUCGCUUUGGUCAAGUAUUACCCAGACAAGAUUGCAUAUGGCCGUUUAGAAGAUGAUCCGAAUCAAGUCAUUGAGUCUCAAAAGAAAAGCAUACAACUUGUUGGAAAUAUUGCUACACAUUAAUAAACUUGUGAAUAUAAUUCCUUAACUAUUUCCAAGAAAAAGUGUGAUUUCUCUUCGGAUGUA